AUGGACACCAACAGCACACCUCUGAGCUCCAGCUCUCCAUUCCCUUCCAUCCAAACUGAGGUGGUGACCGUACCACCAACAAUCUUCCCUCGUGUGGGCUACAGCAUCCUUUCUUUCCUCAUGUUCAUCAACACAGUGCUAUCAGUGUUUAACAACAGUCUGGUCAUAGCCGUGAUGCUGAGGAAUUCGGCUCUCCUACAGCCAAUGAAUGUUUUGAUCCUCAGCCUCGCCGUGUCUGACCUCAUGAUAGGCCUUUGUGGCUCCCUGGUGGUCACCAUCACAAACUACCAAGGCUCCUAUUUUAUUGGACACACAGCCUGCGUGUUCCAGGGAUUUUCAGUCAAUUACUUUGGUUUGGUGUCUCUCUGCACUCUUACUCUUCUUGCCUAUGAGCGAUACAAUGUGGUAUGCAAGCCAAAAGCUGGUUUAAAGCUGAGCAUGCAGAGAAGCAUCUUUGGCUUGCUGUUUGUCUGGAUCUUCUGCUUGUUUUGGGCUGUGGCGCCAUUAUUUGGCUGGAGCUCCUACGGACCUGAGGGGGUCCAGACAUCCUGCUCACUGGCUUGGGAAGAGAGAUCAUGGAGCAACUACAGCUAUCUCAUUUUCUACACACUCCUCUGCUUCAUUAUUCCAGUUGCAAUCAUCAUCUGCUGCUACUUUAAACUGCUGACAUCCAUGAAUAAGCUGAACAGGAGUGUGGAGCUACAAGGUGGGCGUUCCAGCCAGAAAGAGAAUGAUCAUGCCAUCAGUAUGGUGUUGGCCAUGAUAGUAGCAUUUUUUGCCUGCUGGCUGCCCUACACAGCAUUGUCAUUGGUGGUAGUUAUAGAUCCAGAGCUGCACAUUCCUCCUCUAGUUGCCACCAUGCCAAUGUACUUUGCCAAGACGAGUCCAGUCUACAACCCCAUCAUCUACUUCCUUUCCAACAAACAGUUCCGUGAUUGUGCUCUGGAGGUGCUGUCUUGCGGCCGUUACAUUCCUCAUGGGUCCACCAGUGUCAGCAUCCGCAUGCACUCUGUGAACAAGGGGAGCUGGCUUUCCUCCUUUGGCAGAAGCGUCAACACACACAGCAAGGUGUUGCCUCUGUGA